AUGUCUCAAUGUGGUAAAUCACUGAUGGUGAAAACGGUAACUAAUACCAUCCCAGCUUAUUCAAUGAUCUGUUUUCAGAUUCCUGCAGAAAUAAUCAACAAAAUUGAUGCUGCACAGAGGGAUUAUCGGUGGGGUUUUGAUGAGAAAAGAGGUACAUAUGUUACUUCAUGGAAAAAUAUGAAGAUACAUAAAUAUUAUGGUGGUCAGGGAUUUAGAGAUAUGAAGAUUCUGAACCAGGCUUUACUAGUAAGAGAAGCAUGGAGGAUCUGCACAAAUACUGACACACAGUGGGGGAAGGCUGUCCAGGAAAAAUAUUUUUCAUGCACAAGUUUUCUUCAUGCACCUUUCAGAACCAAUUGCUCUUGUUUCAUCAAACAACAUAGCCAAUGGAGGUUGGGAAAGGGUGAUAAAAUAGAAAUAUGGCUUGAUAUUUGGGUGAUAGGGCUUGAUGUACCACCAGUUCCAAGGAUUGGUAUCACAGACAGCGAAUCCUAUAUUUAG